AUGUCGACGGUGACCCGUGCCUACCUCGAUCAGACGCUCGCCACCGCCAGGCGCUGCUCCAGAGAGGCCGCCGUGGCGGGAGCCAAGGCCGCGGCCGUCGCCACCGUCGCUGCCGCAGUACCUACACUGGCGAGCGUGAGGAUGCUGCCGUGGGCGAGGGCGCACCUGAACCCCACAGGCCAGGCGCUCAUCAUCUCCACCGUCGCUGGGAUGGCCUACUUCAUCGUCGCCGACAAGACAAUCCUCUCCAUGGCCAGGAAGCACUCCUUCGACGACGCGCCAGACCACCUCAAGAACACCUCCUUCCACUAAUUAGCCCACAAUAGAUCCAUUAGUGGCGCGCAAUAAGAUACUCCCUCUGUCCGGAAAUACUUGUCGAAAAAAUGAAUGUAUCUAGUCGUAUUUUAGUUUUAGAUACAUUCAUUUUUACCC